GCAUCGUUAUAUCUAAAUAUACGCAGUCUGCAUAAUAUACCAUAUCUGCCCAUGCUGUGGUGCUUCGUGCAGUUAGUCCUGUUGUCUUCUGCCUCCAUUUUGGAGCUAAGGUCUGAGGGCUUACAUCCGCUCUUUGACCCUAAGAAAAACCCUGGAAUGAUUGGCAGUGCCGCUUCCCAACCAGUUGACAUAUCAGAACUGCGCAAUAACAGGGCUUUCGGCAUCCAGCCUCGCGAUGCAAACUUCGACGGUAACGGCGCUGGCUAUCCAGCCCAGCAUCUUCCCCAGGAGAAUUUAUCAUACGGAGGCUUAGGUUUUGUCUUCCCGCAAUAUCAACCUGACGGUGGAUACGAUAACGUUCUUGCUCAGGGACAAGUUCUCAACAUAUCUCAAGGAAGCUACCUCGCUGUCCAUAUGCUUGUCGCCUCGGAAAAUAGCAUCGUAACCAGCGCUAUCACCGCAAGCUAUGUAGACGGCUCAACUACGACUUCUAGCGUCAUUGGGUUUCCAUGGUGGUCAUGGUCUUCGGUCUGGUCGCCAUGGCAUUACGCGGGCGACCUUAUGUUCCCGUUCCAUUUCACAAACAUGACUACCAACUACAACCAAUCUUCCAUCUUCCGCACUGUCAAUUGGCUCGAUAGUACGAAAAAAUUAGCUCAACUGAAAUUGCCAAACGUCACUUCGGGGGCAGCGAAUGGACCGGGAGGUGUUACACAAAAUACAAGGCUUCACAUAUUUGCUGUGUCCUUGGUGCCAGCAAACAUAUCGACAGGCGCCAUGCUGGAGGUACAGCUAGCCAGAAGCACGAACAGCUGGUUGGAAGGGUCGAAUAUGCAGAUAUUUGAGGCAACCAUUCUCAAUGUUGGCACGCAAUGGGUUCUUCCCGAGCACAAUGUUCUAAUUACAAUCGAAGGAGAAGCCAGUAGCACCAGGACCGUUCGCCCAGCAUCCAUCAAGCGACUUCGUCCAGGUGAUGAGGCACGA